AUGCUUCCCAUGGACUCCUGGUCAGACUCUCCUCACAGUGUCCUGCUGCUGACUCUGCUACUGGGACUUACAGGAGCAGCUAUGCGGGAGCUGAAGGUGAUUCAGCCUGAGAAAUCAGUUUCUGUCCUUGCUGGAGAGUCAGCCACUCUGAACUGCACUGUGACCUCCCUGAUCCCUGUAGGGCCCAUGAAGUGGUUUAGGGGUACAGGACAAAGUCGGUGCCUUAUAUAUAGUUACACAGGAGAGCGGUUCCCCAGAGUCACAAAUGUUUCAGAUGCAACAAAGAGAAACAACUUGGACUAUUCCAUCCGCAUCAGUAAUGUCACCCCUGCUGAUGCUGGCACCUACUACUGUGUGAAGUUCCAGAAGGACACAUCAGAGCUUGGGAAAGAGAUUCAGUCUGGGGGAGGCACCACAUUGUAUGUGCUUGCAAGGCCGUCCCCUCCUGUGGUCUCAGGACCUGCAGCCCGAGCUCUACCUCAGCAGACAGUGACCUUCACAUGCAAGUCUUAUGGAUUCUCCCCUCCGAAUAUCACACUGAAGUGGUUCAAAAGUGGAAAUAAGCUCUCUCCCUUCGAAACUACUGUGGACCCCAAAGGAGAAGGCAUCUUCUACAAUGUCUCCAGCAUAGUCCAGUUAGUGCUGGGACCCAGAGAUAUUCAUUCUCAGAUCAUCUGUGAGGUGGCCCAUGUCACCUUGCAAGGAAGCCAUCUCUGUGGGACUGUCAGCUUGUCUGACAUCAUCCGAGUUCCACCCACCCUGGAGGUCACCCAGCAUCCAACAGUGUUAUUGAAUCUGAUAAAUAUCACCUGUCAAGUGAAGAACUUCUAUCCUUUGAACCUUCAGUUGACCUGGAUAAAGAACAGAAAUAUGUAUCAGACAGAUGUGGCUUCUACACUCACAGUAAACAAGGAUGGAACCUACACAAGGACCAGCUGGCUCUUGGUGAACAUAUCUGCCCAUGAAGAGGACAUGGUACUCACAUGCCAGGUUGAGCAUGAUGGACAGCCAGCAGUCAUGAAAUCCCAUACUGUGGUGGUCAGUGCACAUCAGAGGGAGCAAGGUACUGGCAUCAUGUCUGAAUUGAAGACAUCAGAUUCUGCUAAAGUCUUUGUAGCUGUGCUCUUUGGACCCAAACUGCUGCUGGUAAUUGUGGUCUUUGCUGUGUACGGGUACAAGAAGCAGAAGGCCUGA